GCUCAGGGAAAGGUUCUUCCCCCCGAGGCUGCUGGCACUGCCCAGGCUCCCCAGGGAAUGGUCCCGGCCCCGAGGCUGCCAGAGCUCCAGGAGCGUUUGGCCAGCGCUCUCAGGGAUGCUCAGGGUGGGCUUGGUGGGGUGCCUGUGCAGGGCCAGGGGCUGGGCUGAUGAUCCUUGUGGGUCCCUUCCAGCUCUGGAUAUUCCAGGAUUCUUUGAUACUCAAAAUGUGCCUCAAAGCAGAUUCCCACAGGAGUUGGGAAGCACCACAGAGAGCCAGGAGCCAACAAAUCAUCUCAACUCCUAAAUGAGGCAUUAAGUCUGAUCUAUUGCUCUGUCUGAAACCUCACCAGGGAACACAAGUAUUAGAAAUGGCAGAAAAGGUGAAUAACUUCCCACCACUCCCCAAGUUCAUCCCUCUGAAACCAUGUUUCUACCAGAAUUUUGCUGAUGAAAUCCCCAUCGAUUACCAGUUCCUGGUGAAGAGAAUCUAUCAUGUGUGGAUCUUUUACUGCAUCACGCUGGCCGUGAACCUCAUUGCCUGCCUGGCCUGGUGGAUCGGGGGAGGCUACGGGGUCAACUUUGGCCUGGCCAUCCUCUGGCUGAUCCUCUUCAGCCCCUGUGGCUACGUCUGCUGGUUCCGCCCUGCCUACAAAGCCUUUCGGUCGGACAGUUCCUUUAAUUUCAUGGCCUUUUUCUUCAUCUUUGGCGCGCAGUUCCUCCUCACGGUCCUGCAGGCAAUCGGCUUCUCCGGAUGGGGAGCGUGUGGAUGGUUGGCAGCCAUCACCUUCUUCAGCACCAGCGCAGCAGCUGCUGUGUUCAUGCUGUUCCCUGCCAUCAUGUUCACGAUGUCAGCAGUUGCAAUGCUCAUCUGCAUUAUAAGGGUACAUAAAAUCUACCGAGGGGCUGGUGGAAGCUUCCAGAAGGCUCAAGAUGAGUGGAACAGCGGCGCAUGGAGGAACCCUCCCAGCAGGGAGGCCCAGUACAGCAAUUUUUCUGGGAACAGCCUGCCAGAGUAUCCCACAGUGCCCAACUACCCCUCUGCAAACCAAUGGCCUUAAGCAGCAACAGCUGCAAACUGCCUGGAGUCUCUCCUUUUUGGUCUUUUUAUUCUUGUUCUUGGAAAAGAUCAUUUGCAUUCCCCCCCUCAAGCACCCCACUCAUCUCGGGGACCUUUCUGGUUCUUGUCUCCUGAUCCCUGCGGAAUAUCCGUGCUCUCAGCCCUUCCCACUGCAUUGCACUGCACGGCCAUGGCAGAAAGCUUUUUGUUUGCCUUGAGUCACCAGUAUUUGCCUCGUUGCAGAGUGAGAACAAACCCUUCACUGCCCUUGCUUGAGGGAAUCCUCUCCUGACCAUCCCUGGAAAAGGCUCAGCUUCCCCACAAUGGCAACACUCCCACAGCUGCUCCUGCCCCUGCUCCUGCUCAGCUUCCAUGGAAUGCCCAGCACAGCACCACACUGUCUGUAGCAAAAGCAAUCGGAGCAUUAGAAGCAACUGGUGUUUACUCUCCUGGAUGAAUAAUGUGGAAUUUUUCACUCUAAGGGAAAUGCAGCACUCCAAUUAUUUGGUACUGGUGACACUGAAGUGAUUUGUGAAAGCUCCACCCCCCGUGGGAGGAUCCCUGCAGGUAACAGAGGUGCCCUGGGUGAGUCCUCGGAUGGGAAGUCCCCACAAGUCCUCCUUUGCCUGGCUCAGACUGUUGUGAUGCUACAGCUCUUGCUUUCCCUGCUGCCAAAACCUCUUGCUGGAUCUGUGUUCCAAAGGUGCAGAUUCAUCUCCUUAGGUUCCUGAUUGCUCGCUAAAGCCUGAAGCAAAGCCCAGUGGAAACCAGUGCAGAGCUGACACUGGGCCUUGGUGGUACAGGGACUCAGCACGAGAUUUCCCCACCAUGUAACUUCCAGCCAGUUUUGUGCUGGAUGCAAGGUAAUGAUUGAUCUCAGUGCUGGAGCCCCAGUGUGGUUUGGAAAUGCUUCUCUUACAAUGAAUAGUUUAGUUCUGCCUUCUGCUGGUGUAGCUGAACUGCAGAUAUUACAGUGGGGUCUGGGAGACCAAGGGAAGCUUGUUAGUCCUCAUGGCUGCUGUUGGCUCUGUGGCUGGCAGGACUUCCAUGAGAGAGAGAUUCCUGCCUUUCUCCAACAGUCAGCUGAAGGGAGGUUGAAGCUGUUGAGAGGGAUUGUUUUCCCUGAGAUUAUCCUCCACCUUGUCAUUCAUCUCCAUUCUGUGCCUGAGCCAUCCAAUUCCCUGUGUCCUACAGCGAUCCAGGCAGCAAAGGCUGCGGUUUCCUCUUCCCACUCAGCCUGCUGUGAAUUUUUUAAAACCUGUCCAAACUGGGAGGUCAGUUCCCAAUUUUUUUAUAGGGAGUGAGUGUUCCAAAUCUUUGGCUUUCAAAGUUUUUGCCAGUGAUCCAGAGUGCUCCAUUUGGGAGACCUAGGAGGGUUGGGCACCCUGGGGAUCAGACCUAGAGCCUGCUGCAUUGGCAGGCUAUUCAUGGGGUUAUUCCAAAUUCCCAAAUUCACACUGAGCAACUGGAAAACAAAAUUGGCUCCUGGAAAGGGACAGGGACAUGGUCCUAGCUAGGUGGAAUUGAUUUGCAAGUGGUCUUUUGAAAAUUUUUCUCUACAUGUGCCUUAUCUAAUGAUAUCAUGGUUCACAGAGGAGAGCUCCCGCUUCCCCCUCGCCCCUGCAGAAUUCCCUGUUUCCCUACUAACUCAUCCUGUGUCACUGUAAAUAAUGAGGGAAGCACAGUCUGGAGUCUGCACGACCCCUGUGUUACCAGGGCCAAAGCAAAAGCAACCCCGGAUUUCCCCAAAUUUCCGUUUACAGCCACACUGACCCCUGCUGCAGGAGCAACCCUCCACUGGCUCUGGGACGUGGAGUGUGCUCCCAGCACCAGGGGUUUGUCCUGGAGAGUGUGCAAUGUGCUUGGGAGGACAAGCUCUUGGAGCCUUCUUAACAGAACAUGACCUGAUAGCAUUGUGAAGCUUUUAGGUGCCUUUGUCUAGUGUCAAGUGUAAUUUUAAGUGUUCUUUGUCGCUUGCCAUCGGAGUAAUGAAAGAACUGCCUGGCGUUGACUCCCUGGAAAUACGAUGGAUGUACCACGGGGCGAGGGUCAACGGGGCCAAAGGUGGGAUUGGCCACACCUGGGAGCCAGGACAUGGUGCACCCAUGUCCCUCAGUCAAGCCCCUCACCAUCCUCAGCCUCUUGCCAAAAUUGUUCAAAACCGUUUGAUACCUGCCCCAUUUCAGUGUGUCAAGUUGGAGGUUUUGAAGAAACCAAGAGGAGAAGCGUUGCUGGGGGCUCCACAUCCUGCUUCUCUUUGGGAUUUUCCCCUUGGAGAAUCUGGGGGCUGUGUUGAAGCACCCACCCUCAUUCACACUGGAAAUGUUUGAUUCAAGGAGAGGGGGUGCCUGGGAGCCUGCCCAUUGGAAUUUUUGGAGCUGGACACCAAAAUCACACCCUGUGAGCCUGCACCGCCUGAGAUCCCUGUGGAGAUCAGUGCACCUCAGGUGGGAACUCCAUCUCAUCCCCUCCCUCCUCUUCGAUGCCAGAAACCGUAAUUCCAGAAAGUUGACCCAACACACUGCCUGAACAAAUGGCUUAUUUUUUUUUCUUUUUUUUUUUUUUUGGACUCCUCUGUAUGUUUUUAAAUGUUUACAUUAGAUUUCUAAAAGUUCUUAACACCAUUAACCCGGCCCUGGCUCCUGGUGUGGUCGGGCGUCAUGUUGGCAUGUCUGUGUGUGAUGUUUCAUGUCACCUGUGGAGCUCUGGGUUUUGUUUGUGUUUUUUCUCCUGAUCACAAGACAAUAAAUGCUCAUCCUGUGCUUGAUGAGGAGAACUGG